GGUUCAACGCGUUUUUCAUGCAUGCAGAUGAAGUGCAUACACGGCGAGCGCGUCAUCGCUGUAUUUACGUGCCGUGACAGUUCCUCGUAUGGGAAAAUUGACAGUGAAAUCUCGUAAAUCGCUGCGAUUGCUCGGUGGUCGCCACGGGCGUCGACAUAUUGCGCGUGUUGUGUUUCAGACGAAGUUCUCGACAGUUCGUGUACGUUUUUUCCCCCUGAUGCAUCUCGUCUCAUCCCGUGCGAGAAAUUAACAGUUUAAGAGGAAUCGCGCAUCAUUUCAACAACGACGUAUGUGUUCGUUCGCGUUCGUUCACGCCGGUUCGUACUCCAUGUGCGACGUAGUUGCGUGGUAUCGCCGCUUCCACCCUCGCAAAUGCGACCGGGGGUGCGCGAUGGAAUCGACGCUCAACAGUCGGCACGUCUCUUCGCAGCUGUCACGCUCUGACGAUGAAUACAAUGAUGACUCGCGUAUGAACGAGUAAACAAACAUCGCUUCGACGUCGGUCGAUCGUAUUGGAGCGCGUUAAAAGAUGUGGGCGCGAAAAGAACGACGGGAUGACGAAAAUGGCGGGUGAUGAAACAGCUGUUUUAACGCGCGCCGCGCCAUCUGGUGGGGCGCGCGCGCGAUAUGGCACGCUAAGGCAACGAAGAGAACAACGGCGGCAGCGACGACGACGACGACGGCGGCGGCCGCGACGAGCGGACGAUAGUGAGACGUAUACAAGUUCGUGUCCGCAGUUCGGGUCCGCAGUGGUCGACGGCGACGGUUGAAACGGUAACAUGGCUGCUGGUUGUUGCGGUACGAAAAAGCAGAAGCUCAACAACAAUUCCGCGGGCGUACCAUGCAACGGCACAGCGGUGCUGUCGAAUGGCACGCGUAUACGUAAUACGCCGAUCGUGCAGCCCGAGAUGGGUUUCUACUGCUUCGACGUCCUCUACUGCCAACUGCACCAACUCGACCCACCAAAACCGCCCAACUUCAGCAACGAAGCAUUUCCCCUGUUUGUAACAUGGACUAUUGGAAAGGAUAUGCGACUACGCGGUUGUAUUGGUACAUUCAAUGCCAUGCAUUUACAUGCAGGACUUAGGGAAUAUGCUACUACUAGUGCUUUCAAGGAUUCGCGGUUUAAUCCUAUAACACGAGAGGAACUUCCACGCUUACAUGUAAGCGUUUCUAUACUGCGGCAUUUUGAAGACGGCGUGGACUACUUAGAUUGGGAGAUAGGAGUCCAUGGGAUUCGCAUAGAGUUCCAUAAUGAAAAAGGCAACAAGAGAACUGCUACUUACUUACCUGAUGUUGCGACUGAACAAGGUUGGGACCAGAUACAAACUAUAGACUCGCUAUUACAUAAGGGUGGUUACAAAGGCUUAGUUACACCAGAUAUUAGACGCAGUGUAAAACUGACGCGAUACCAGAGCGAGAAGAUUACUGUAAGCUAUCAAGACUACAUGACACAUUGGCAUAACCGGCGAUGCUAGCAGCUGGCUUGGGGUCCUAUCCAAGGGCCCCUACCUUGCCAAACGCCCGGCACAUUUUGUUAUAAAAAUAUUUCAGAUACAGUUAACGCAUCUUACUCACAAUACAGUACCACUCAAUAUAAUUCUUUCAUGGCCAAUCAACAGCAUACGUUAGUUAUGGUUCAGCCGAAUCACCCCACAUUUAUACAUACACUUCCGCUGCCACCAAUUCCUCCGGUUGUGGUACCUAUGCAAAACUAUCCGCCAUUCUGAUGAAAUUGUGCAUACUGCAUCCUUCAGUACGCUAUAUCGUUAUUCCUUACAAACUUUUGUAAUGCAAAGAAAUGAAUUAAAUGCUUAAACGAAUAUAACUGAAGGUGGCUGUUAUGUAUCAUCGUCUGUUGCUUGAAUUGAUUAUACAUUUUGAUUGUUUAUUGCAGCAUUUAUUGUCUCUUUUUCUUUCAUUGUUAGCUAUUCUUAUGCGAUUUAUUCGUCUGUGAAAAAAAAUGCGAAAAUAUAAUCUUCAGUAUGGUGGCAAUGUUCUUCCAAAAUAUUUGUUGUAAGCAUAAAUAAUAUUGUCGGCAUAAGAAACAUUUGUAUAUGGUAGAUUCUUGUUCUCAAGAUUGUACAAUUUUAUGAUUGUUAAAUUUGAACUGAAAACGAAAAUCUAUUUGCAAGCAACAAUGUAAGUUCAGUUUGCUGUCGAAUAUAUGACUAGCCAUUGAUUGUUAUAAUGUAAAUACUAUACAAUUGUAGCUUUGCCAUUAUGCCAUCAUGCUAGAACAUUAGAUAUUCAUAUUAGAUUUGUGACGAGUAACAAAAAAUUUCCGAAUACAUAAUACUAUUUAUAAUUAAUUGUGACUAUAUUAGUCCAUUCAUUCUAUAAUGUACAAAUUUAUCAUAGUCGCCUGUUUACAUUACAGAUUUAAAUUAUCAGCAAAUACUUGUGAGCACAAUGAAAUACUUUGAUUUUUUUUAAUAAUUAAGGAAAAAUAUUUAAUUGGAAUAUUCUGUAAAACAUAUAGAUGCACUAUUAUGUAGAACGCAUAAAAGUUAUUUUCUUUCUAAGAUCUAAUGUAAUCGUUAAUUAUUCAUAUUUGCGUAAUAUUUGACGCAAUAACACUACUAUAACAUCUGAACAAAAUUUCUUUGCAUCAAUGGUAUAAAUUUUUCUUUUAGGAUGGGAUCAUGGAGUCUUGCACAAUGCAUAAUGCAAAAAAUGAACCAAUCAAAAUCUUUCAUUUUCUUCUUUAAUCAAUAAUGAAAUAAAAGAUUCUCAUUGAUUUUCUUAUGCAUUAUACUAAAAUCUGUGCUACCUUUAUGUGCUUUCUACAAUAAGUCAUUAGCUAAACUUUAAGUAUUGAGAUAAGAAAUUGACCAAUCACAGUCGAAUGUGAGGAGAAUAAUCGGCUGUGAUUAGUCA